AAAAAAUAGCAAAUAUCGGAUAAAAAGUACAAAAGCAACCGAUACAUAAAUUCAACAAAAUAUACAUACUAUUCAAUUUUUAAAAACAAAUAUCCUUGACAUUAUGGUAUACCGUUUGUUGUAAAAAUAUACAGCGUGCAAAAAUAAUUGCUGAAACUGCUGAUUCGAUGUGUAAUUUUAAUUGAAAUGAAGUUAUGAAUUCUAUAUGUAAUUUUGAUUUUUUUUUAUUUUCCUUUCAUAACAAAAUAAUCAAUCUUUAUUUAAAUUUGUAGUGUAGUGUAGUAAAAACUUCAUCUUUUCCACAGCUAAAAUAAUUUACCAUUUUUAAUUGAAACACCCUAUAUAUUUUUCUCAACACUUCGGUUGAGGUUUUACCGCUUCCGUUGCCCUCUUCGAAUUCUACGAAUAAAGUCACUUAAACAAAACUUUAAUCGCAUCUGGCACUGACAUGACGUCAUUAAAACGUUGUACACGCUUCAGAUCGCGUAUCGGACGUCCGAAUUGAGGACAUUUUUCAAAUCCGGGCGCGAACAAAGCGUUUCGGCAGUGACUUAUUUAUCGGAAAAGGGCAAUAAUGCCCUAAGCAAGCGGCCGAAAGACAUGAUCGUGGUUUUGUUGUGCUGCAUGAUGAAAAUCGUGGAGUUUUCCACGGGCAAGUCCCAGCGGAACCCCAAACCCCGGGGCAGGUACAAGAUGCACCACGGGAAGAAACGUAGAGGCAAAGGCAUGAGUGAGGUGGGUGUAGUGCGGGCCAGUCCAGACUCGGAUUGCAACAGCAAUCAUCACGGGUCGGCCUUGUACCUCAGCAACACCUCAUCUCAGGACAUCGAUUUCGUGCAAGACAACUCGGAUUACCAGUGGUUCCUCGACUACGGCUAUAGAGAUGGCAGUACCAACCACCACACGAGCAUACUGUCGCUGCCCGAGGCCUACGAGGCCGGCGACAACUACUACGACGCCCUGUCGAAAAACAUGGACGCUAACCUCGCCGAAGCGGACAUGGAAAGCUUCAGGACGGAAGACAUCCACGCAUUACUCACCAACUUGCCUCCCAUGUGCAGUACCGACCAGCUGAGCCAGGAGACCCACCGUCAGGGGGAGUCCUACGCGGAGGUUUCCGGUUCGAUGAUGGGCAAGUUCGAUCUGGACAGUUUCAUGAGCCCACAGAACAGUUCGCAGGGCGAAGACUGUUCCGCCAAUUCGAAUUCGAUGUCGAUCUGCAAGUCGGAGCUGCUGUUUAGUCCGGUGAAGGAGACCCCGAUGCCUGGCGCGAAUUUCUCGGUGGACUCGUUGGACUGCGACAUCCAGGACCUCAUGCUCACCUGCCAGGCGAACAAGGACAACUACACGAUAGCCUUCGAAGGAUCGGUGACGAUGUACAGCGAGGAUAGCGAUUAUCCCGCCAACGACAAAAGCGCGAAUUCGAACCACCAAGAACGGUCGGUCGAGGUCGAGGCACCUCCGCCGCGUGCAAAAAAGAUUCUGGAAACGUCGAUGACGCAGUCGGAUUCCGGGGGUUUCACCACGUGGAGCAAACUGAAAAAACGCGGAAGCGACGAUCAACUGCGCAGGCCGUCGGGUAACAAUAACAAUUCGGAAGACGAGGGUAGCGGUUUGGGGUUGGGCGACGCGGCGACCAAGAGCCGCAGCAUGCCGAAUUUGCACAAACGCAAAACGAACGGCCUCGUCGCUAACAGCGUGUACUUGAAGAGCCAGAGUAACAGUUCGGAAACGGAAACAGUGAAGCGUAGACCCGUCAAAGUGUUCGACAUCCAUCAUCAAAUCCAAACCAGCAGCGGCAGCGGCUCGGUUUCGGACAUGGCGACCUCUAUCGACGCCAGCAGCUGCGACGCCGCCGGGAACCGACAGCCCAACUUCAACCUCGUCAAACUCUUCAUGAAACAGAAAAGUAUGAGCACAGAAGGUAUGUCGAUGACGAUGGACCAACUCUCGUCCACGGAAAACUGGCCGGGCGGCAGCAACUCGUCCGCGAGCAACUCCUCCGACGCCAAAAACGCGGACCACCUGAAGAAUCUCGAGCUGAGCAACGAUCAGAAAACGUGCGACAGCAGCAGCACGCGUACGUACGACCUCAUCGCCGAAGAGCCGGAGGAGGAGACGUCCAAGAGCGAGUCCGUCGAGCAACUCUCCGAGAGCGUCGAAGAGAACGUCAACAACAACGACAGCUUCGCCGUGCGUCCCAGACCGAAAGCUCCGAGCCCCGGGUCGUUUUUAAACGUCCUAGAUCGCAGCAUCCAGACGUCUCAAUUUUCCGAAAUCCUCAACCUCAAACACGCGAACAAGAUGUGCGCGGGCCCGCACCCUCGCGAUCCCGUCAAAAUAAUCGAACCGUCGUUCCUCAACAGGCUGAAAAAAGAGGGCGAGGUUCAAAAACCCGUAUACGUACUAUACCCGAACUACGUCCUGCCUGAUCUCGGGUUCCUCAACGAGAAAACCGACGUAGCGGACGUCCUAUUCGUGCCCCACAGGGCGCCGAAGGUCGUCCCCCAUCGCCGACGCCCUUUCAGCUUCAACGAUAUCGAGAGUCUCAAGCGGAAAGGCUUCGAUCACGUCAAAGACUGGGAGUCGCUCAACGUCCUGCUGCCGCAGGAGUACCGCAAGCUGCUGGCCGACGUGCCCGAGGUGUCGAGUGGCGUCAAGGUCGUCGCCAAAGAGCGGCCGUCGUUCGUGCGCAGCAAGAAACGACCGUCGAGCUGUGAGCUGGCGCAGACGAACGUGUCGUCGAGUUCGAGUACGGCGACUCAGCCCAGUUCCGGCUACAGGGGCUCCUCGAGCCUGCUCACCGACUCGCAGAACAGUCCCGCACCCCAGAACAACCUCAAUCCCCUUUUCGUUUAUCGAUACGACAGCGUCACGAGCUCCGAAGCGAGUUUAGUCAACAGUGACAAAAGGGGCGUGGCCAUGCGGUGCGUCAGUUUGCCUCAGGACGCGGCGCCGCCCAGGCCGCCGCUCCCGCGCGGCAUCCUCAGGAAAGGCGACGUAAAACGCUACGGCGGGGCGUACGAGACGAGCGAGGAGGAUUUGGCGGCCGACCACGCCCCCAAGUCGCGCCACGCGACCCGAAACAAACGCUUGUCGGAGACCGAAGACGAGGGAGUGGACGCGGGCGCGUCCAGCAGCAGCCUCGACGACCACGUGAGCGUCGACGAGCUGAUCCAGCUCGAGGAGUUCCUCAAACUGAGCGGCUUCUCGACCGACGACGACCGACAGACUGAGGAGAGUCUGACGCACCUGCGUUCCUACGUCGGCAAAUUUUUGACGUUGAAAAUCAACCAGGAAGGAUCCGAUCGUUUCGGCAAGAAGACGGUCAGCUUCGCCGAGAAAGUCAACGUCAGUCCGCGUCACCAUCAGACGUUCAAUCCGCCGAACAAUUCGCCGAACGCUUCGGCGUUCCUGCCGCAGCAGCGGAACUGUCAGCCGAAAACGCUCGCCGAUAUGCCUAUCUGCGAGGAGAACGAGACGAGUCCGAACUAUUCGAGUCCGAGGACGACGCCCGUUCACCUGUGCAAGAACGCGUCCGACAAUUAUCUGCAGAAGCGAUCGUUGAUCAACGGAGUGCUGGACGCGGUGGAACAGGUCAUGCAGCAUUUCUCCGCGGCGUCCGAUCAGCAGGAACUGAACCACCUCGGCGAUUCCGGACUGAAUCCCGCGUGCGCCAAACUGACGUUGACCACUCUGUGCCCCGCCCUUUACGCGGUGCUCAGCGACGGACUGAGGCCGUGUCUCGAGACGAGUUUCGGCGCCAUCAACAACUCCGUCUGGCAGGUCGUCGAGGCGUCCGCCCAACAAGGCCCCCUUACGAAAGCCCUCAACGACCUGGUGAUGAAGAUCAACGGCGAGGACGUGAUCAGCGAGGGCCUGAUCAAGUUCAACGCGUUCAUCUUCGGCUUGCUGAACGUCAGGUCCUUGGACGCGUGGACGAGCUACCUACGGACGCGCGAGAGCGUGCUGAAAAAACAUUACACCGCCGACUCGUUGCUGGUCACGUCGCACACCGGCGGCACUAAUCUCAGGAGCAUGCUCGACGCCAUGAUCGCCGCCCUGCAGCCCCUCGCCUUCCUCCCGUUCCAACUCGACCUGCUCUUCGAGUACAAGCAGCUCCAUCUGAGUUUCAAGCGAAUGGACUCGUACCACCAACCGCUCAGUCCUACGCGCAAACACUCAACCUCUCCGAACUUCAAGCAGUUCAUGUCCCCCAAGUACGCCUUGUCGUCUCACAGCUCGGAAUCGGACGACGCCUCUACCGCGACCGUGAGACAGGCGGCAGAGUCCGCGGCGGUUCGCAGAACCAAAGAACGACCCAGGAGCUGCCUGGACCCCAGCAAACCCAGCUUCAAGCUGGGAGAGGACGUGAACUCUGUCGCCAAGAGGAGAUGGUCCGGCAUAGCGCUCAGCUCGAGGCUUUAUCAGGCGUACGACAAGCUGUCGAAGGAGGACGAGGAGUACGCCGACAGUUUGGAGAACCCGGAACCGGAAGAGAGGAAACCCAUCGCCUCGGCGUCGCCGUUAAGAGACGAACCGGAACCGGAAUCGUUGGACUCGAACUUCUCGGACGAGAAGCCAUUGAACGGAAGAAGGUUCAAGAAGCUGCAGCGGAAAUGGGAAAUGCUCAGCGGGAAAGAGUCGACGGAGGAGCCGAGCUCGCCGACUCAUCCCGCCGGCAAGUCCAAGAUCCCUCGGCCCGUAUCCUCCCCCGUCAAACCGUCGGGGAUUCCCGUACUGAUAUCGCCGACGUCGAAGCAGACGCAGAGACCUCAAAUUAAAACCGCCCCCGCCGUCAAGGGCGCGACGAAGUCGCGGACGAGCAGGGUGGAUCGCGUGGAGAACGGGGAGGGGCCGAGGCACGUGCAGAGACCGAGCAGCUUGCCGUACAAGGCUGCCAAUCAGAACAAGGGGUCGAAGAUGGUGCCUCCCCGGAGGGCGGCCUCCAGCUCGCUGAACAGGAGACCGUUGGGCGCGCACGCGCCGUCCAAGACGCCAAAGGUUGUGAGGACCGUCGGUCACCGUUUGCCCUCGGAGAGCGGCCAUUUGUCCUACAACGAGGGCGAAAUGCUGCGCGUGGUGCUGGAAGUGGACGACAAAUGGUGGUUGUGUUGCCGUGGCACCCAGAAGGGUCUGGUGCCGAAAUCGGCUGUGAUCGCCGACACCGGACCAUUCUGAGAAACGGCCUAAACGUACACUCGUCGCCUGGCGGCCAUGUUGUGCGAAACUCGACGAGUUUCGAGUGUUUUCUAGUCCGCGCGCACGAAAUAUGGCCGCCGGCGCUGUAUUAAGUAUUACGUUAUAUAUAGCGUAGAGUUAAGUGCUGUGUCGCCGCUUGUUGUUGUUGUUGUUAUUGUAAGCCCUAUACAUAUAUAUAUUUUUAUUUGUGCAUUAAUAUCGGAAGAGGUUUAUCGAGUCAAGGGUCAGGGUUCGGUGUACAGGUUUGGUAAGAGCGAUGUUUAGUUUCUUAGGUUUCCCUUAAAAUAUGAACGAGCCCUGCAUUUAAAGUUGAUUACUAUUACAUAUGCAUUAUAUUGCUGUCGUCGUCCCGUACUUAAGCGCGAUGCUUCAGGGGAACGGGGGGCAGCUUUAUCCACGGCGGACCGCUCGCCACUAACACUUCUCAAGCUUCCGGGUGGUUGGUUUCCUUUUUUUUUUUUUUUUUUCAAUCUCUUCCCAGAGUAGGGCAGCGUUUCCGUUUUAGUUCUGACGUUAUUAGCGUUUAACGCGAGCUCUAAGCCUUAAGGAAGUUAAAUGCGCUAAAUUUCAACUAUCCAGUUUGAGGUUUAAAGAAGUUAAACGGUCGUGACGCAACUAGGGCCUUACAAUCAAUUACAUUACAUUCCAGCCGGUUUACUAACUAGUUUGGGUUAGGUUUCGCGGUCCGAUGAGACGGGCGGGCGCGGCGAGAGCUAACCUCUGACCUCUCCCCACUCCCUUCCGUGCACGCUAACCUCAUGCGCGCGCAGCCCCGUCAGGUCGACGUCAUCAGCACGUAACAUCCGAAAUGUUAUGUUACGGUCAGCGCCACAGUGCGGACGGUGUCGCAACUGGAAACGUUUUUGGAGAAAGCCGGUAAAGAAAUCUUUAAGGAAUGGUGUCGCCAUCUGUUAGAUAAAAUGUGACGUAUAUCUCAAAUUUAACUUCGAUUUACAUCGUUCAACGAGUUAUUUAAAAAGCGCACAAAGUAUUCUUCCCUCUAAUAAUUUAUGUACAUUUUUAAAUAGCUUUAUUUAUAUUAUAAUAUAUCUAUAACUUCAAAUACAUGCAACAAAAAUACAAAAAUUUCCUAUUGUGUUGGAAUAAGUUUUGCAAGUUGUUUUGACGAAAUUCCAGAAGUCUUGAGAGCACAGUGACUUCGUCAAACAUGAUUAACAUUACAAAGUUUGUUAAGGUUAAUCAUCAUGCUGUAGGUUACGUGAAAAUCAGGAUUUUUGAACUUGCCGUACCAAUUUAUUGGACAGAGAACCAUCGGAACAAUUGAUAACGACACAUUUUUAACGCUGCUCCCUAGUCUGUGGUUUUUCGGUCCGUUUUACUGAGGAGUUGGGCGCCGCGCCCAACUUUGAAAGUGAAAAACUCGCACAACUUUCAGUGUUCCGGCGCCUUAUCGCGAAACGAACGUUUUCUGAUUCGAUUUUUGGCGAUAAGAUGUCGGGCGCACUUCCUCUCGGCACCGUUAGAGAGCGCGCGCGUUGUCCGAGUAUUAAACUUGAUACCCGCGGGAUCCAACCGAAGCUCUACCCUUUCUUUACUCUUUAACGAUUUUUUUCAGCGUCCCACUAACUUCCCUUUUAACGCCCUUCCGCUGUGGAUCGAGCGGCGUCGUUCCUCGGAUAUACAAAAAAAAAUUGUGAUAAGCUUACAGCUUUUUAAGAGUAAUUUGCUAGGUGUAUAGUUAAGUUUUUCUAUGGUUAAUGCUAAGUACGAUAAGGGUAACGUGGUUUAGGGGGCGCACGCGCGGGACCUCGGUGCGUCACUUUUUUUUUUCUUCGCCUAGAAUUUUGCCGUACAUACUGGGCAUUCCAGAUUUUAGUUUGCAGCCUUUAAUUGCCGGUCCUGCAUGUUUACCAGAUCAAACGAAAACGUAUAAUGCAAAACGCGUUGCUUAGAUUUUGCCUGGUCAUGUAUAUAUUAAUGUGAUAAAUAUUAUGCGCAGGAACCUGUAAUUGCGUCAUCUCAAAUGUCCCCCGGGUGACGGAGGAUGCAGAAGUUAGGUAUACCUACUACUAAUAUUUGACAUGUUUCCAUUAAAAUAAAAUUAAAUGGACCUUCGGAUAACCUUGAAGCAGUCGAAAAUCUAAACGCGGUAGUUUGCUCGGAUUUCGCAAACAUUUUUUCCGGUAAAUAUAUAUUAUUUACCUAUGCGUAUUUGUAUAUAUCGAAACAAGAGAGGGGAUGUACAUAUAUUAACGAUUACCAAAGUCUAAGCGAUCGAACGAUCGAGUCGAUUAUAUUCCGAUUAGUUUUAGUUCGCGUUUUUAGUUUUCUUUUUUUUUUUCGUAACGGUUUUCGUGCCAUACGAGCUCAGCAUCUGCGUUUUUGUUUCGUCCUUCCACUGUAAAAAAUCGCAUUUGUCCUUUAAAUUAUUCUACCAUAACGUAGAAAGUGUAAUUUAUGCAUUAAGGAAUUAAAAAAAACUUAUUCGUA